AGGGUGGUUGGAUCAGUCCAACAGAAGUAGCCUGUUUGCUUCUCGCCUUGCGUGGGUGUGCUGGGGGCUACCAGACCUGAGCAUUCAUCCACUAGGGCAUACAUGAAGGAGGCAGAGCUGGGGUCCUGUGCUGCUUCAAGCAUUUUCACUCACUGUUGGGAUGUAACGACCUUCAGAAAAAGUAAAUAUUUACAGAGUGUUUGCUAACAAGCCAUUUCUAUCCACAGAUUAUUCCAAGUAGAUAAAAGGGUCAACAGGGACUGUAGGAAUUCUGGCUGUGGGUCAAGCUGACUCAUUGCUUACUGGUACACCUCUACUACUAUAAAACUCAUCCAGACCUUGCAUCAGCAGCACUUUGCCAGCCCCACUGGAGGAGUCAAAGAGGAGUAGGGAGGACAAGGCAGGGUCAGGCACCCAGACUCAGGCCAGCAUGGUGUCUCUGCUGGACAACAUAGCCAGACCUUCUGCUGUCAUUCUGCAGCUGUCUGUAGUGCUUGGUGUCAUCUUUGUCCUACUGAAGGUGGUCAAAUUCUACCAGGAGAGGAAGAAGAUUGUCAAAGCCUUGGAGGCAUUCCCUGGUCCCCCAAAGCAUUGGCUCUAUGGACACAACCAUCUGUUUACUAGCGAUAAAAUACUGAAUUUAAUCAUGUCGCUGGGAGAAGAAUACCCGUAUGCCUUUCCCAGAUGGUUUGGACCAGUGCUGUCAUCUCUAGUAGUUCACCAUCCUGAGUAUGCCAAGACUAUACUUGGACGAGGAGAUCUCAAGCCUAAUGUACCUUAUCAUUUCUUAGUUCCCUGGAUCGGCAAAGGAUUGCUGAUCUUGAAUGGAAACAAAUGGUUUCAGCAUCGGAAGUUGCUCACUCCAGCUUUUCACUACGAUGUGCUGAAAUCUUACGUGCCCCUGAUGUCAGACUCAGUCAAAGUGAUGUUGGAUAAAUGGGAGAAGAAUAUCACAGACAAGAAGAAGUCGGUAGAGCUCUUCCAAGAUGUCAGCCUGAUGACACUGGACAGCAUCAUGAAAUGUGCCUUCAGCUACAACAGCAACUGCCAGACUCAGAGCAACUCAGAUAGUUAUAUCAAAGCAGUUUUUGACAUGAGCUACCUCAUAAAUAAGAGGAUACAGGCUUUCUCCUACCAAGAUGCCUUCUAUGACCUGACUCGCAGCAGCCGGAAGUUUCAGGACGCCUGUAGGAAGGCCCAUGCCCACACAGAUAAAGUAAUAAAAGAAAGAAAGAUAUUGCUCUCCAAUGAUAAGGAACUAGACAAGAUCCUGAUGAAGAGACACUUGGAUUUUCUGGACAUUCUUCUUUGUACCAAGGAUGAGAAUGGAGCUGGCCUGUCUGAUGAGGACCUGCGUGCUGAGGUAGACACAUUCAUGUUCGAGGGGCACGACACCACAGCCAGCGGGAUCUCGUGGCUCCUGUACAGCAUGGCAUUGCACCCUGAGCACCAGACACGGUGCAGGGAGGAGAUCCAGGGGAUCAUGGGGAACCGAGAUACCAUUGAGUGGGAGGACCUGGGGAAGAUGACAUACAGCACCAUGUGCAUCAAGGAGAGCUUGCGCCUGUUCCCACCAGUCCCUUCAGUAUCCCGAAGACUCUCUAGACCUAUCACAUUUUCUGAUGGGCGCAGCUUACCUGAAGGCUCCCAGAUUUCAUUGCACAUAUUUGGCAUUCACAGGAACCGGGAUGUGUGGGAAGAUCCUGAGGUAUUUGAUCCCCUGAGGUUUUCUCCUGAGAACUCAGCACACAGGCAUUCCCAUGCUUUCCUGCCUUUCUCUGCUGGACCCAGGAACUGCAUUGGGCAGCAGUUUGCCAUGAAUGAGAUGAAGGUGGCUCUGGCGCUGACCCUGCUCCGCUUCGAGCUGUUUCCUAACGCUUCCAAGCCUCCUACGCUGACACAGCAACUCAUCCUCAAGUCCAGCAGUGGAAUCCACCUGCAUUUGAAAAAGAUUCACUGACCUUAUGAGGUACCACAAGCAGUUUCCAAAGAUCACCCUCACCUCAGAGGUGCGCCCUGGCCAACCUGCAGCCUUCUUGAACACCAGGGCCAGGGAGGGGGAUACCCACCAGACCCACCUUAUGUCUCACCCACGCUAUCCCCACACUGAGCACCCCGUGCCCAGCAGGUUCAAGACCCCUCUUUGCAGCAGGAACAGCACCACUGAGGUAUUUUGGGGGGUUAGCAGGGAUCUUCUGUCUUCUCCUCGCCUCUAGCCUGUCCUGAUGAGAUUUCUGUCUGGGUACCUCCACAUUAAGCUCUGGGAUGAGCCCCGCCCUGAUGAGCUAUGGGCUGGCUACGGGCUGGCUAUUGUGCCUGGUGCUACAAAAAUGAAGGCCAGCAGGUUUUCCUGACCUGACACUGAACUUCCUGGAGCUGAGGGUGCUCAGACACUGGGUAGCCUGGAGAAAGCCCUCAGCACCACAUGCCCUUAGCCUUGUCCUCCUCCACAACGCAAUUAAAGCCUUGCCAAGAUGGUUUGGAAGAGUGGCCCUGGAUGCUUUUGCACCUGCAGUCAGCGGGAGAGGAUGAAGCUGGUUGAGCUCCGUUGAGAAUGAGCUGCUCCCAUUGCUCUGCAGCACCGGAGGGUGCAGUCCUGGCACUGCAUUUCCCCAAGCCACAAAGGCUACUGAAGAAGUUUUAUCCCCUGAGAAGUGUUAGCAUUUCUGUGGUAAGGAAAUAACUGCAGCAAGCUGCCUUUGAAAGCAGCAGAACAAAAGUAGUGGUGGCAAUAACAAAAAUCCGCAGGCAGAAACAAAGCAUGGGUUGGUCCUGGGACUUUUCCUGCUCGGGCUGAGAACUGAGCGCUCAGUACACGAGUGAAAGGGAAAAACUGCCAUCGGAGAGCCGUGCUGGAGGGGCUUAGGCGACAGCACGGGGAUGUUCUCUGCCCGCCCCAUGAGGCUGGGGGCCGGAGGAUGGCCGUUGGACCCCCCCACACACAUACACACUUCCCCCGACUCAUCGUGCAGGUCCGCGCCGCUCCGCUGGGUGGCACUGAGAGAUCCGGGAGAAACCCAAAUCCCCCCUUUUGCGGGCAGCCCCCCCGGCUCUGCGUGCAGAACAGCCUGGCGCUGCCGAUGGGUUCUCCGGGAGG